CGGCUCCGCGGGGGGUGGGGGUGGGGCCGCCCUGGGCGCCGGAGGAUGAAAUCGACAUUUGCCUCGGGCAGGAAAGUGAGCCUGUCAGAUUCCGUCUGCACUGCCCUCCACCCAGGGGAGCGGGGGAUUGCCGUAGCGUUUUAACUCUGUGUUUCAGGAACCAGAAAGCAAAAGUCGGUGAAACCUGCGCACAUCAAGCAGACCGCCCAGAGGGGAAACCCGAGCGGGGCUUCCCGGCCGCUUGCUCCUCACCUCCGGGGACUUCCAGGGUCUUCCUCGCCCCCACCCCCUCCCCGCCUCUCCCUGAGGGCGUCACGUGCCGGCGUGGGGCCCGCCUCCGGUGACGUCACCGCGCUCGCAGGCGUCGCGCUGAAGAAAGGAUGCUCUAGGAUGCUGUGCAGGUGGGCGGCGGGGAUGCGCCAUGCGGCAAUGCAGGCUUCCUCUCCCAGGUGUAACUAGCAUGGUCAAUGCAGGAGCGAUGAGUGGCUCUGGGAACCUGAUGGAUUUCCUCGAUGAGCCAUUCCCUGAUGUGGGGACGUAUGAGGACUUCCACACCAUUGACUGGUUACGGGAAAAGUCCCGGGACACCGACAGACACAGAAAGAUAACCAGCAAAAGCAAGGAGUCCAUAUGGGAGUUCAUCAAGAGUUUGCUGGAUGCCUGGUCAGGCUGGGUGGUGAUGCUGCUUAUCGGCCUGCUGGCGGGCACCCUGGCUGGGGUCAUCGAUCUCGCCGUUGACUGGAUGACCGACUUGAAGGAGGGGGUCUGCCUGUCCGCCUUCUGGUACAGCCACGAGCAGUGCUGCUGGACUUCCAACGAGACCACUUUUGAGGACAGGGACAAGUGUCCCCUCUGGCAGAAAUGGUCGGAGCUGCUGGUGAAUCAGUCAGAGGGGGCCAGUGCUUACAUUCUGAAUUACCUCAUGUACAUCCUGUGGGCAUUGCUGUUUGCGUUUUUGGCCGUCUCCCUGGUGCGUGUGUUUGCACCAUACGCCUGUGGCUCGGGGAUACCAGAGAUAAAGACCAUCUUGAGCGGCUUUAUCAUCAGGGGCUACUUGGGGAAGUGGACCCUGCUGAUCAAGACCGUCACCCUGGUCCUGGUGGUGUCCUCCGGCCUGAGCCUGGGGAAAGAGGGGCCGCUGGUGCACGUGGCCUGUUGCUGUGGUAACUUCUUCAGCAGCCUUUUCUCCAAGUACAGCAAGAACGAGGGCAAGAGGCGCGAGGUGCUCUCUGCCGCCGCCGCCGCCGGAGUCUCCGUUGCCUUUGGGGCUCCAAUCGGGGGCGUGCUCUUCAGUCUUGAGGAGGUCAGUUACUACUUUCCCUUGAAGACCUUGUGGAGGUCCUUUUUUGCAGCCCUGGUGGCAGCCUUCACGCUGCGAUCCAUCAAUCCCUUUGGGAACAGCCGUCUCGUUCUCUUUUACGUGGAAUAUCACACGCCCUGGUACAUGGCCGAGCUCUUCCCCUUCAUCCUUCUCGGGGUCUUCGGAGGCUUGUGGGGGACCCUCUUCAUCCGCUGCAACAUCGCCUGGUGCAGGAGGCGCAAAACCACCAGGCUGGGCAAGUACCCGGUGCUGGAGGUCAUCGUGGUGACCGCCAUCACAGCCAUCAUCGCCUACCCCAAUCCCUACACACGCCGGAGCACGAGCGAGCUCAUUUCCGAGCUGUUCAAUGACUGCGGGGCCCUCGAGUCCUCCCAGCUCUGUGACUACAUCAACGACCCCAACAUGACACGGCCUGUGGAUGACAUCCCGGACCGGCCGGCCGGCAUCGGGGUUUACACGGCCAUGUGGCAGCUGGCCCUCGCGCUGAUCUUCAAAAUCGUCAUUACCAUCUUUACCUUUGGCAUGAAGAUCCCCUCAGGCCUCUUCAUCCCCAGCAUGGCCGUGGGAGCCAUGGCGGGCAGGAUGGUGGGAAUCGGCGUGGAGCAGCUGGCUUACCAUCACCAUGACUGGAUCGUCUUCAGGAACUGGUGCAGGCCUGGAGCAGACUGUGUCACCCCCGGACUUUAUGCCAUGGUGGGAGCAGCCGCCUGCCUAGGUGGAGUUACUCGGAUGACGGUGUCAUUGGUGGUCAUCAUGUUUGAAUUAACGGGUGGUCUGGAGUACAUUGUGCCCUUGAUGGCGGCAGCUGUGACCAGCAAGUGGGUGGCUGAUGCCUUUGGGAAAGAAGGCAUCUACGAGGCGCAUAUCCACUUAAACGGGUACCCAUUUCUGGACGUGAAGGAUGAGUUCACCCACCGCACGCUGGCCACCGACGUCAUGCGGCCACGGCGGGGCGAGCCGCCUCUGUCCGUGCUCACCCAGGACAGCAUGACCGUGGAGGACGUGGAGACGCUCAUCAAGGAGACCGACUACAACGGCUUCCCCGUGGUGGUCUCCAGGGACUCCGAGCGCCUCAUUGGAUUUGCCCAGAGGAGGGAACUGAUUCUCGCAAUAAAGAAUGCCAGACAGAGGCAGGAGGGCAUCGUGAGCAAUUCCAUCAUGUACUUCACGGAGGAGCCCCCUGAGCUGCCGGCCAACAGCCCGCACCCGCUGAAGCUGCGGCGUGUCCUCAACCUCAGCCCGUUCACGGUCACGGACCACACCCCCAUGGAGACGGUGGUGGACAUCUUCCGGAAGCUGGGGCUCCGGCAGUGCCUGGUGACGCGGAGCGGGAGACUUCUUGGCAUCAUCACGAAAAAGGAUGUUUUGAGACAUAUGGCCCAGAUGGCGAACCAGGACCCUGAAUCCAUCAUGUUUAAUUAGAAACAAGGUGGCAUUUAUUUUGAGAAAAACACAACUGUGUCGUUUUAAAAGAAAUAAACAAAUGAUAUGUUAUUAUCCUAAUGAACGAUUAUGCGCUGGGGGCAGUGGAAACAAAAGCUUUGUUUGAAAGGAAAAAGGAUGAAACCUUUUUUUUUAAAAAAAGACAUCAACGAGUAGGCGUUUUGUAGCUUUAACCCCUUAUGAGUUUCCAGCUGUGUUUCUUAAUGAGUUUAUUAACUGCCGUGGGGGCAUGGGGGUGGGUGUAAACGAUGUGGUUUGUACGAGGACACAGGACACGGAACACAAAUGCUGAGUCCAGAAACGUUUGCCCAUUGUGUUUAAGGCUGAUGUUUGUGAAGCUUUGAGUCCAAAAGGCAAAGGAGUACUGGCCUGUCAGCAUCUUUUAUUUAUUGGUUCCUGAAGUUUUGCUGCUAUUUUACUGAAUCGGACUAAAGAUAUUUGCACUUACUUUGUUGGAAAAGAAAAAAGAAAUUAAAUUGGAACAUAGUGAAAACUAAAAGUAUGCCAGUGGGUUCACUCAUGACCAUCCCAUUUCUUGCUCCUGUUCUCAGCCUAGCGUUUUGCUUCUCCAUCAGUUUCCGAACCAACAUCCAGGGCCUCCUGCGAUGAGGGGUAUGAAGAAAUCAUGUCUCCAGGCAAAACCAGCAUCUUGGGACUGCAUAACGAACUCCUGGCAUGUUUAGUGCUGCCCGUAUUUCCUCUCAUACAAAGGGAUUCAUCCUGAUUUUGAGGGUAUCUACACCUGCUCGUUGUGUUGCAAACAUGUUGCACGUGCUUCCCCUGUUUAUUGCCAUUGCCCUUGCGUUCUUACAUACUGAGCAGUCCAGCACUUUCCAUGGGCCAUAUUCUGUGUGCUGCCAGCUUGUCGUAAGUGUGCUUUAAUUUCCAAAUAGCGUACACGAGGGUCAAAACAGGCUACCCAGUGUUACUACUUAUUUUUCCUUUCAGAUCUUAUUAAAUACGGCUGCAGAGAGGGUGAGGCAUACGAAGUCUCAGUGGGAACUCCUCCAAAUGGAUUGUAAGAGAAAUACUAAAUUGAUUCUAAAUCUGUUCCAUUAUCUUCUCCGUAGGAUGCAAAACGCUCGGCUUUAAGGUCUAAGCGUGCACUUUCAUCCUCGUACGAGAGCACAGAAGCUCAGGGUUAAAUCGUAGACAGCCAGUUUCAGCACUGGGCAUCUCUGUAUUGAACUGAAUGGUGCAUUUAUCUCUUCAGUCAGGACUUCAGUCUUCUCUGGGAGAAGGCGUGGAGCUGUGGUUUAGAUCCACGGUGUGAUCUGUGUCCGUAUGAUUGCUCCCACCUGCCCUCUCAGGCCAGUCUUUGCUCUUCCCAGCUCAUGGAGCGGCCCUCACCCUCUGCGGCCUCAUUAUUGAUAUUGACGUAGCAGGUGUGCGUUUGGUGGCAAGUAAUAGAAAAUCCAACAGACAGUGGAUAGUUGAAUGAGAAACCCGGGGGUCGGGCACUCUUGACUCUGUCUGUACUAUCGUCAAGAUAGUAUUCGUGCCCUUUGGUAUUGUUUUCUGCCAUCCUUUGUUCUCUGGCUCAUUGCCACUGAGCCGCAAGGUGGUUACUGAGCUGCCGGCUAGAAUGUCCGCUUCCUAGACAGGAAGAGGGAGGGAGAGGCCUGUAACAAGGUGCAGCGCCUGCAUCAGGAAAGCAGAACUUUCCCAGAGAUGCUCAGCUUACAUCCAUUGGCCGGAAUUCUGUCACGUGACUCCCCCUAGCUGCAUGUGAGUGUGGGAAGGAAGGUUUUUAGCUAGACAUACUAGUCUCUGAAUGAAAUUUAGAUUCUCUUAAUAAGGAAGAGGGAUUGGUCCUGGGGAGGGAAUGCUGUCCACUGGAUUGGGUGCCAUUAUCGUGUCCCUGUCAUCGUCCUUCCUGUCCUUCUUACCUUCUUUCUUGCCGACCUCUCUAGACACUCUCUUCUCACCUUAUAGUUUCCCACCCCUUCUGUCAGAUUUGACGUAGAACUGCCAGUCAGAGGACAUAAUUUCUUAGCCCUAAUAAAAACCUAGAAUCUUCUAGUGGUAUAAGAAAAUGUACUGAUAUGUUCUCUGGGUUAAAAAAGUUAAGUCAGAUCAUGCUGACAAACCAUGGAUGAUUUGUUUUUGUGAUUGGUUGGCCUCCUCCAGACUAAUAUCAAAUAGCCAUUUCAGCGUGGAAUACCAGUCAGUAGUAGAGAAUUCAGUCUUCGUGCCUUGUCCGCGGCACAUAAGUAUCGAGUAACAGAUCCUAGUAUUAGUGUUGUUACUGGGGUUUCCAUGGAACAUAUGCAAGUGAGGCUGAAUUCUUCUGGACUUUAAAUCCUAAAAGGUCCUAAAGAUUGCUUCAUGUAGUUCCCUCUUAUUCCCACAUGACCUCCCAAAAGAGUAUUAGUCAUAGCCUGGAUUUAUAUAAUCCAGGAUGCCCUUUUAGCUGAAAUAAGGAGCUUCAGAAGGGAAUACGAAACAGUGAACAGAUAACCAAAGGUCAGUGAAACCACAGAAUUUCCUCUUCCUCCAGCCAAGGCCAUGGAGGGAUGAAGGGAUAGUUUACUCCGGGCUGAGGUCACCGAGGGGCAUCGUGUUGUGUCCUUCUCUCCAGUGCUUCGUUCAGAGAGGUCCACAGAUUCAUGGGAAACCGUUGGGAGUUCUGCUUGACUCAGAUAACCUUGUUUUCCCUUAUAAGUUGAACCUCUCAUUUGUCGUGGGGUUCGGGCUCUUGACGACAGAAGGCCAGGGUCAGACCGGUAGGUAAAGGUCACGGGUGGGGGAGUUUGCCGCGCAGCUCUGGGAGUUGAUUGCCUCCCUCCUCUUGAACCCCAGCUCCCCUUUGCGGUCCACUUGCCCACCGGCCUGGGGUCUCACACAGACUUGCUUGUAGAAGUUGGCGGGUAGGGAUUCCAGAGGUGUUUGCGAGAGGAGUAGAACUGGGACAUGGGAGUAACGUACACAUUCUCAGAAUAAUGUGGGGUUUUUUUCAUAAUAAUAUUUUUAUUAUGUUAUUCACCAUACAGUACAUCCCUGGUUUUUGAUGUAAAGUUUGAUGUGUUUUUAUCUUUUUCCAGAACCAAAGCCUUUAGACUUUUGUAGAACUUUCUGGAUUCUUUCUGAAUCAGUGUUUUAUUACAUACACAUAAAUGCAGAAUGGAACAUGAGUUCUCUAAUGAGGCACAUCAACUUACUUCUCGUUUUCCCUCCCUGCCACGAAGGAAGUGUGUUGUAGAAGGACAGACAGCAAAUAAAGAGUGUCCCGAAAGGGCCGGCGGAUUCCUGGCGGGUUCAGUGCAUCCCCUGGGAGUGCAGAUGCGCGCGUGGCAUUACCGGGAAGGCGGAUGUGUUAGGGGCAAAUCACUGUUCAGUGUUUGCUGUGACGCACAACCAGGCAAUCUCAAAUUUCUCUAUUUAGUGCUUCCCAAAGACCUUACAAAGGAGAAGACAUCUUGGUGGAUUCAUUUUUGGCCCUACGACGUCACAGAAACUGAAAAAUUGGUUUCCCUUAGGUGACAACUGGUUACUUCACAUUAUCAGCAUGUGCAGAUCUGCUCAGCCCUCAUCAGCAGAGGCCUUCAUUUCAGUUUCACGCGGGCAGCGAGCCUUUGAAAUGAUUUCCAUGAGGGGGGAGCCUGUGUAUGUCACGUGGGAACAUGAACCAGCCUCACUGUGUAUCUGCCGUCCUCAGUGCGCUGGGAGCGAGCCUGCGUGCGACUCUAAUGAGAUCUGUUCGCGUUCGGUGUUGGAACGACCACAGAGCAAUGUGGUAGUGGUGGUUUUGUAACCCUCUGUGUAAACAUUGGCACCUUAUUAAAAAUUAAAUGUUUGAACUUUACUUUUAAAAAUAAAACAAGCACAGUCCUCAUGAA